CGUCCACCAUGAGUCUCAUUCCCUCUUGUUCAACAGAAACAUGGAGUCUGUUUAUAGCUUUCCUGGGUCUUCUGAUACUGUAUGGUGUCUGGCCAUACGGCUUUUUCAGAAAGCUAGGAAUUCCAGGGCCAAGGCCACUGCCAUUUGUAGGGACCUUUCUGUCAUACAUCUGGGGCUUUCACAAUUUUGAUAUGCAGUGCUUCAAUAAAUAUGGAAGCAUCUGGGGGAUUUUUGAUGGCCGACAGCCGUUGCUGAUGAUUACAGACCCGGAGAUGAUAAAGUCAGUGAUGGUCAAAGACUUCUACACCGUCUUCACAAACCGGAGAGAAAGGGUUCUCGUCAGGCCGCUGGCUGAUGCUCUGUCGAUGGUAAAAGACAAAAAAUGGAAAAGGAUACGGAGCUCGAUGUCCUCGUUAUUCACCAGUGGGCGGCUAAAAGAGAUCUUUCCCAUUGUCGAGCGCUAUGCUGAUUCCUUAAUAGCCAAUUUGAAGAAGCGAAACCUAGAGAACCCAGUGGGAAUUAAAGACAUUUUUGGGCCGUACAGUAUGGACGUGGUCACCGGCACAUACUUCAGCGUGGACAUUGACUCCAUCAAUAACUCCAAGAACAACUUUGUUGACAGUGUUAAGAAAAUGCUGAACUUCAGCCUUUUUAAUCCCUUUUUCCUGAUUAUAACCCUGUUUCCUUUUACUGUUCACUUUUUUGAGAAGUUGGGCGUCUCCUUUGUUUCUAAGUCAAGCUUGGACUAUUUCUGCCGAACAGUACGGAAGAUAAAGGAUGAGCAUCACAUCAAUCAGGAGAGUCAAGUAGGCUUCCUACAGCUUAUGGUUCAGUCUCAGAUUUUGGAGGAGAAGGCGAACGCCCAGGAGAGCAUCAAACCUGUUAGAGGGCUGACGGAUCAUGAGAUACUGUCUCAGUCUUUUGGCUUCAUCAUCGGUGGGUAUGAAACCACUAGCAGCACCCUCUCAGUACUUGCGCACAACCUGGCAACCAAUCCAACAGCCAUGAAGAAACUGCAGGAAGAGAUCGACAGUGUCUUCCCUAAUAAUAGCCCUGUCACAUACGAGGCACUGAUGCAGAUGGAAUACCUGGACAUGGCCAUGAACGAGUCCAUGCGCCUCUGGCCUGCUGCACCACGCAUUGAGCGGGCCUGCAAGAAUACGGUGGAGAUUCAAGGGGUGACCAUCCCCACUGGCACCCUGGUGGUCGUGCCAACCUAUGUUCUGCACCGCGAUCCAAAGAUCUGGGAGUCACCUGACACAUACAAGCCCGAGCGGUUCAGCAAGGAAAGCAGACAGGAUAUUAACCCCUACACGUUUCUGCCAUUCGGAAUGGGACCUCGCAAUUGCAUCGGGAUGAGAUUUGCUCUGCUGAUCAUGAAAAUGGUCGUGGUGAAGCUGCUGCAGAACUUCAGCCUGGAGACUUGCAAGGAGACGCAGAUCCCUUUGCAAUUAAAUGCAAUGUUUCAACCCAAAUCUAUCAGACUGAAGAUUGUGCCACGAACUCCAGCCAGUAACCAGGAAAGAGGAUGAGUAAAAGCCAUGAUAAGGGCAAUUGUGAGAUAAGAUUUCUGUUGAGAAUAAAAUAUGUAAAUAUGUUCACGCAGUUUCUCUAUGUUAUCUCAGGAUUGGUCUCCCCUUCGGUAUGUCACUUCCCCAUUUGGCCAGCAGGUGUUGCUGGCCAUCCUGUUUGGUAUUAUCUCCUUAUCUCUCUCCUGUUCCCCAAGCUGCCACAUGGCUUAAUGUGCUGAGUGGGCAGCUAUGUCACCCAGGCUUCCCUUUCUGUGCAAGGCUCAACAAAUUAUUAUCUUUUGAUUGCCCUCACCUGUGCUUGUUCCUAUUGCUUCUAAACUCCCCACACGUGUCUCUUGUUUAUCCUCAACAUGACUGUAUUUAAGUGCCUGCCCUUGUUGUUUGUGUCGAUGAUCUCUGCAGUUGUUCCUGUGUUUGCCCCUGUGCUACUGUUUUUGUUCCUGCGUUGCUGCCUGCUUUACUUUAUUGUUUUCUACCUACAGUACCUACCUACCAGAGUUUUAAACCCCUUGUGGUACCUUUUGUUUUUGUUUCACUUUAAAUAAAGUCCCUUGUUUUGUUUGAGCCACAACAUGGAUCGUCCCUUUGUCCUCCUCCAUGCCGGUCCAUAACAUGUUGUGCCAUUAUUCUAAAACAGCCAUUUUACACACCAGUGGAGCUCCUUGUGUAAUUUGUGAUCAUCUUUGGUUUAUGCCUCUGUCCAGGGUUCGAGUCACACAGUGGCUUUCAGGGGAGCCCUAUUUUCUGGUAGGCACUAUGGAAUAUUAUUUAGCAUUAUAUAACAUAGAAUACAAGUAUUAUGAUAUUAUUAAAAAGUAUGCCAGAUAUCCAUGAUGUAAUCAUUACAAUGUAAACAUUAUAAUGUAAUCAACACAAUGUAAUCAACUGAGUAUUUAUUUGCACCUUUUGUUAGUCUGAGAUUCUGUUAGCUACUUUAUGAUAGUCCUGAAUCUAUGAAUAUUCACUUUUAUUAAUGUAUAUUUUAUCACUAUGUUAAAGGACAAAUAUAUUAUCAACCUUUUAGUUAGACAAUGUGUAAAAGGCUGAAACUGCCAAGGUUUACUACUGAAGGAAGGGAUUCGACUGAGUUCACCAGAAGUUCACGGCUGAGCAUUUUUAAAAAACCAAGUGGAGAUGGUCGCGCCACCAUUAUGUUCAGCCGAGAGACCAAACGGUAAAAGAAAUGAUGGACAAACUUAUCACCUAGGAGUGUGGAUUAAGGGAAGAAACAUUUAUUGUGAAUGGCUGAAGGAAUGAUGAUGCUUAAGUGACGAGAUAUUGUUAAAUGAUAAGAACUUGUAUAAAAAUUGGUGUAAAACAGUAUUGGACACACUUUACGUGUCCAGCCUUGGUUGUAACUUCAUUGUUGCAAUAAAGACUGAAUUCUGGA